GAGAAGCCUUCAAAACGACUGGACAACAGGUUUUCAGACCGUACCGAAUACCGGCCACUGGUGACAUCAUCUUUGUCGGACCUCUCCCCACCCCACAGCAUCCCUUAUUAUAUCUGCCCUUGGCAUCGAGACAGCAUCGCUACAAUUGCCACCGUCAACGCUAUCACCAACACUAAAUCUGAAGCGAUCCUUAUUGCCACCAGCAUCGUCUUCUUUAGCAGCGCCAACAUUACCAUCUGGCAGCGUCUAGACGAACAGCAAAUGGUCAGGUUGUUCAGACUGUCUCCGCAACAAGUGCUUGCCCACAUGCGUCUCUUCGGCACACUCCGCAAACGCCUAUUCGGCAUCCUUACGACACAUUCCCAGACGUCCAUGCGGCCACAUUCGCUACCGCCUCUCGACCGCAGACCGGCUCCCUUCAAGGCCAGCCAAAACUGGGUCCAGACUGGGAACUUUACACCCGGCAACCGAGCUCUAAUUGUGCCGUGUUAG